AUGGCAGACUCGGAUCCAUUGCUGAGUGACCUCUGUUCAAUAUGCCAUGUCAAUCCUCCCAAAUACCGCUGUCCGCGCUGCUCAACACGCACCUGCUCUCUACCCUGCACACGUCGCCACAAACUUUGGUCGCAAUGCUCGGGCGUGCGCGAUCCAGCUGCUUAUCUGAAGCGCAAUGAAUUAAACACCGAAUCCGCAUUCGACCGCGACUUCAAUUUCAUCACCGGCAUCGAGCGCACCCUCGAGCGUGCGGAGAGAGAAGUCGAGAACCGCGGGAUUGAUCUUACAGGUGGUCCCCAGGCGGAAGACGGUAGCUCUGAAGGGUUUCAGCAUCCAGCUGCUGGCCGUAAGAGAAAGCACCCCAACCAGGGGCUUGCGAAGGGCGAGGCCGCGUUCUUGCGUGGCACCGAGACUGCUGGUGUGAGAGUUCUCCGGGCUCCCAAGGGAAUGUCAAGGAAUAGGCAGAAUGGGUCGCGUUUACAUCCCAAACAUAAGCGUCUUGCUUGGACCAUCGAGUGGAUUACGGCUGAUGGGGUGAAGACUAUUCGUGAUUCUGUUAUUGAUUCAUGUUCUGUCGCUGAAGCCUAUAACCGAUGCUGCCCACGCCCGAAGGAUCAAGAGCCAGCUAUUGAGUCAGCGGAGGAAGAGAAAACAGCAGAUUUGGAGACCCCUGAUACAGCUAUACCUGCACCCAGUGAUACUGCGACAGAGGUUGAAGCCGGAGAUACGAAACCACAACCGUACCCGACUACAGACUUAGCAAGGGAACCAGCAGAGGUCUCAACUGAGCAAACAGAUAAAACACCAAGUCAGACUAUUGCCCCUCACCGCGGUCUGUACUUCUACCUUCACCGUCCGCGAACUACAACGAAAAAGCCCGUCUUAGCUCCUCUUUUGCAAUCAUCGACGCUCAAUGUUGUUCUUCGCAAUCGGACAGUUUUAGAAUUUCCUACCAUUUAUGCACUGCCAGAGUCAGCGGAGACACUGUUUGCCGACAAAGAUAACUCCAAAUUUAUACUAGAGGAGGAUUAUCUUCGGACCGCUGGGCCAGAUGAGAUAGGCCAGUCUUCUACCACGAGUGACGAUGAUGAUGCGGCUGGAAACGAAGCGCUUCCCGGUUCUUCGGCAAAUCUUCAAGAUAUCGAUGAGAAGCUGGUACUGGAGGUAUUAAAGCAAGAUCUAUUUGAACCAGUCUCGGAGACUGAGCCAGCGGUAUGA